AUGUGGUGCCUGGAGCGGCUCCGCUUGGGACCCGAGCACCUGCUGCGGGCCAGAAACCGGCUUUUCCAGGAUCAGGCCGGCCGAGCCACUGCUCUCAGGCCCUCCCGGUGCGAAGUGCUCACCCCGGACCGCAUCCCCGAGUUCUGCAUCCCCCCGCGACUCGCGCCCUGCCCGACCCUGGCUGCAAUCCAAGACACCAGGGGCGAAAAAGCAGGGACAGACGACGGCGCGGGGCGCACGGACUGGGACCCACGCUCGCAGGCUGCGCUCUCGCUGCCUCACCUGCCCCGAGCACGUACAGCCUAUGGCUUCUGCGCCCUGCUCGAGAGCCCGCACACCCGCCGCAGGGAGUCGCUCUUCCUCGGGGCCUCGGGCACCGCCCCGCUCCUGCCCGCGCCCCGCCCCCGGGCCCGCACCUUCGGAGGCGGCGGCGGAGACGCCCCCCUCGCGCCCCCGGGAAGAGUCCCUGCUGUGCCCCCGGCGGCCCUCGGCGGCUCCCGCCCGCACCUGGACACGCUCACUCUCCGACCACGCGGCAGCCGCCUCCUGCGCGCUCCCGAGGGGCUGCUGCGCUGCGCGCUGCGGGCCCAGAGGACCAGCGGCCUCGCCAGUGCCCGCUCCGUCGCCAGCGGGGACGGGGACGACGACGACGACGAGCGCGGCGCCGGCUCCCUGUCCCCGGCUCAGGCCCCCGCCACGUCCACUCCGCCGCCCCGCGACCCUCGGCCCGAGCGCCUGGAGGCCGAGGGCACCGUGACUCUGGACCGCGCCGGCGGCGCCCUGCGCCUGGCGGCCGAGUACAGUCGGGGCAGCGGGCGCCUCCGCGUCCGGCUGCUCCGCGCCGAGGGCCCGGCCGGAGGGGCCGCCGAGCCCCGCGCCCCCGUCGGCUGCCGCGUCAGCUUCGUCCUGCAGUCGCCGGGCCAGACGCGCCGGCCGCGGGGCGCCGUGGUCCGGCGGAGCCGCCGGGCGGUCUUGGAGCAGGACUUGUGCUUGGACGGGCGCUCGGAGGACGAGGUGCGCCGCCUGGCCGUGCGCGUCAAGGCCGAGAACCGGGGCCGCGGGCUGGAACGGGGCCGCCUGCUGGGCCAGGGCGAGCUGCUGCUGGGCCCCCUCCUGCUCCUCUGA